CCCUCAGCUUUGCUGCGUUGUUCUUACUUCCUCCCAUGGAGUACAAAAGGCAACAAGCAGAAAACGUUGCGUUCACACCACCACCACCAAGGAGGCCAGGACAGCAAGACCAGGCCUGGGCUGUAGCUAGCUAGCUAGCUUGUAGAGAAAGAGAGAGAAACACUGGAGCUUUAGAGAGAGAGAGAGAGAGCAAGAAGAGCUGAAGAGGAGGAGGAAGAGCUAGCUAUCCUAUGGUGCUAGCUGUAGCUAGCUCCGACGACUGAGGUGAGGAGACGCAAUGGCGGGGAGAUGCGCCGGCGGCGGCGACGGCGGCGGCGAGGGCAUGCUGGCGCGGCUGCGGAGGGCGGCAGCCAGGCGGAUCGGGCUCUCCUGCGCCUCCUUCUUCUCCCACGCCGCCACCUCCCCUUCCCCGCCUCCCAAGACCAUCUCAUGCUCAGCACUGAAUGCGCCUGCAGACAGCACUGAUGAAGACCAGGAAAAGCUGGAGGAGCCCACUAGCACAAGAAUGGCUGACAAGAAUCUCUGUGCAAUAUGUCUGGAGCCCCUCAGCACCGGCAGCGUUGAUAUUGACAAUGGUGACAGGCCAGCAAUCUUCACAUCACAAUGCUCCCACUCCUUCCACUUCCUAUGCAUCGCCUCCAACAUUCGGCACGGCAAUGUUACAUGUCCCAUCUGCCGUGCACAGUGGUCUCAGCUGCCGCGUGACUUGAAGGUGCCACCAUUGCUGCAGAACAACCAGUCUGACCCAAUCCUCCGCAUCCUUGAUGACAACAUCGCGACAUCUCGUUUCAACAGAAGGUCAUCCAUCCGUGCUGCCCGGUACAACGACGAUGAUCCGGUUGAGCCUUACACCUUGACCGAGCAUGUGGAUCCAUGCCUUCGCUUCGCUCUGAUCCCAUCCCCAGUGGCGGCUCACCAUCAUGCUCUCGGACAUUACCCUUGUGGCCGUGUGAUGCCACUGCAGCAGCAUUGCCAGUACAGCAGCUCCUCCAUGCUCUCACCGCCACAGAUUGCUUCACCAAGUGGGCAGAGGCGCGCUUACCUCUCCGUCAGUCUCGCGCCACAGCCAGCCAUGGACCUAGUUCUGGUUGCCAGCCCUAAUGGGCCACAUCUCAGGCUCCUGAAGCAGGCAAUGGCGCUGGCUGUCUUCUCCAUGCGCGCAAUUGACCGGUUAGCCAUUGUCACAAAUGCCACCACUGCAACCCGCGCCUUCCCCUUGCGCCGAAUGUCAUCCCAUGGAAAGCGAAUGGCAUUGCAGGUCAUUGAACACCUCUGCUGUGUUGGUGGUACUGAUCCUGUAGGGGCAUUGCAGAAGGGCCUGAAGAUACUAGAGGACCGGGCGCACCAGAACCCAAGCAGUUGCAUUCUUCACCUGUCAGACCAUCCAAUCCGAAGCUGUUUCGGGGUCGACAUGAACCGUUUCAACAUCCCGGUUCACCAGUUCCAUGUCGGCCUCGGUUUCGGGGUGCAGAAUGGCUUUGUGAUGCACGAGUUUGAGGAGCUCUUAGCGCGGUUGCUUGGCGGUGUCAUAAGCGACACCCAGCUCAGGAUUGGCGAGCACGGUGGAGUGGUGAGGCUAGGUGAGCUGAGGGGUGGCGAAGAGAGGAGGAUCCCGCUUGACCUGGUGUCGGACUGCGGCUUCAUACUUGUUGGCUAUAGCUAUCUGGAAGGUGGAAGGGAGGAUCAGUUCAGGACAGGCGAAGUCGCUGUCGGUUUCGAAGAGAAAGGCGAUAACCGGUACUGCGGGGUCAGGGAUGCCGGUGGUCUGAGUAUCGGCGGUGAGAGGAGGAGCAGCUGCUGCGCCGAGAGAUGGGACUACCUUGAUCCGUUCAUGGCGCGGCGAUGGGCGAAGCAUUUCAAUGUGUAUAGGGCCUGAGUUAAAAAGAGGGGGAGCUUGGGGCUUUGAAGUGAUCAGCUCAGCAAGUCUGGUUUACCAGUUUGACAGCAUAUGAUUCUUGUUGGCUCUUUAUUUUUUUUUUCCUCUCUUAACAUUCCUGCAAGCAUCUCAUGAUCAUCAGAGGAAAUGUUUGCUUUUUUGGCUUUUGUUGUGGAUCAGGGAUCCAUUUGUAAGAUGUCUGGUUUUGCAUCAGAUGUGUGCAAUGUGCACAAGGCUUUCUGUUCUCAAUCUGUAUGUGUGAAUCGGACUGUGAACAAAACUCAGCACAAAGAAUGAAAUAUGGCUGCAUUGGAGUGAGUUAUUUUAAAAAGAAAGUGA